AUGGGGUCGCUUCCCACAGAGUUUUCCCCCUUCCCUCGUCUGCCAGCUGAGUUGAGGCUCAAGGUAUGGAAAUCGGUACCGAGGCCUUCUCGCGUGAUCGGAAUUCUGCCUCCAGCCUCUGAUUGGUAUCGCCAUCAUUUUCGCUAUAUCGGUUCUCGAGCAAGCAGAAGGGCCGAAGAACAAAGCACUCAGCAACGGUAUCACUACCGAUAUAUCGUGCAGCCCAAGGAACACGCGAUAUUCCCGCUGCUUCACGCAAAUCACGAAGCCCGAGCUGUUUGGCUGCCUCAUUUUUUCCAGCCCUCUCACUUUUGUAACGUGUCUGGUGUCGAUAUACGCUUCGAUACACCGUUUAUUAGCUACGACACCGACACCUUCACCGUCUUCGACGGAUGGCCUUCAAAGGGCAUCCCGGAAGAUGUUUUUCUGAAUCCGCUCCUGGCAGAUACGAACGAUGAGCCCGUAGACGGCUUCAUUGCUCUUGAUCGCAACCGAAUAACGAACGUGGCCCUCUGUGAAAUCCCGGGAGACAUGCAGGCGUUCGCAAGCGCACUUGCCAUCCGAACUCUACCAAACAUACAGACGUUGACAAUCUUAGCUUUGGGGCCCGAUGCGAAAUGGGAGCCUGAAUCUUUGGCUGCUGCUGGGAGCGGCGUUGACAUCACUUACAGCUUGUCAGUACUCGAGAUGCUGGCAGUGGAUGUGCAGCGCAUGAACGCGGACAUCUACGAUUUACCCCUGGAGCUGGUUCAAAAAAGCCCAUUUUUCAACGACGCAAGGCUACGGCAUGCAGUAGCUCUAUCGCCCAACAUACGGCCGCUCGGUCGCUACAAGACAUUCGUGCUAUCAUUGCUUUGGCAUGAGCUCAGGGAAGAGCAUGCAGCAGAGGCAGUCACGGCAUCUUGGUGGGAUUAUGUGGAAUAUCUGUUUGGCAGCGGUGCCGGCUCGAAUGACGCAAAAUGCCCUCUGAUGCUGCGUGGCUGUGGCGCCGACGGCCAUACCAGGCGAGAGAUGAUGGGAUGGAGGCCCAGGUUCGAGGUGAACUACAAGCUUCUAGCUGCAGCUGAUUGGCGAGUUGAGCUGGAACGUAUCGGAAUUGUCAAGUCAUGA